AUUUACAGCAAACGUGCUAAUACCAAACAUUCCGCUCAAUGAAGCCGGCAUUUUAAUUCUUGCUGCGACAUGAGGUACUGUUUCCUGUAGCCAGCUAUGGCACCGGGGGAUGUGGUGCCAGACCAUCCCAAGCAGCUCAAGCCCAAGGAGAAGCGACCUGGAAACAGGGCAUCGAAAGCAGACUGUGAGCCGGAUGGAUCCUUUGUCUUCGAGGCUCAUGAGGCUUGGAAGGAUUUCCAUAACUCCCUCAGGCAUUUCUAUGAAGUAGGCGAGCUCUGCGAUGUGACACUGAAGGUCGGCAGUAGGCUGAUACCAUGCCACAAGCUAGUGCUCGCUUGUGUAAUCCCUUAUUUCAGGGCCAUGUUCCUGUCAGAGAUGUCUGAGGCAAAGCAGGAGCUGAUAGAGAUCAAGGAUUUUGAUGGUGAUGCUAUCCAGGAUCUGGUGCAUUUUGCUUACUCCUCCAAGCUCACGUUAACUGUGGAUAAUGUUCAGCCGCUGCUUUAUGCUGCCUGCAUCCUCCAGGUGGAGUUGGUGGCGAGAGCCUGCUGUGAGUAUAUGAAGGCCCACUUCCACCCCACAAACUGCCUGGCUGUUCGUACCUUCGCUGAGAGCCACAAUCGCGUGGACCUGAUGGACAUGGCCGACCGUUACGCCUGCGAACACUUCACUGAGGUGGUGGAGUGUGAGGACUUUACAUGCGUGUCUCCACAGCACUUGCGCACAUUAUUGUCCUCCAGCGAGCUCAAUAUUCACUCAGAGACUCAGGUGUACAACGCAGCAGUGAAAUGGCUUAAAGCAAACCCACAGCACCAUGAGGCCUGGCUGGACCAGAUCAUGUCUCAGGUGCGCCUCCCCCUUCUCCCUGUAGAGUUCUUGACUGGAACAGUAGCGAAGGACGAGAUGAUCAAAGGUAACCUGAGUUGCCGUGACCUGAUGGAUGAAGCCAGGAACUACCACCUCCACCUCAGCAACAAGGUGGUGCAGGACUUUGAGUAUUCAGUCCGCACCAUACCCCGGAAACACACAGCAGGGGUUUUGUUCUGCGUGGGUGGCCGUGGGGGCUCAGGUGACCCAUUUCGCAGCAUCGAGUGCUACUCCAUCACUAAGAACAGCUGGUUUUUUGGCCCUGAAAUGAACAGCAGACGGCGUCACGUGGGUGUAAUAUCUGUAGGAGGUAAAGUGUAUGCUGUCGGAGGUCAUGAUGGUAACGAGCACUUGGGAAACAUGGAGAUGUUCGACCCACUAACCAACAAGUGGAUGAUGAAAGCCUCCAUGAAUACUAAGAGGAGGGGCAUCGCUCUGGCAGCUCUUGGUGGUCCCAUCUAUGCUAUUGGAGGUCUCGAUGACAACUCCUGCUUCAACGAUGUGGAGCGUUAUGACAUAGAAAGUGACUGUUGGAGCGCUGUGGCUCCUAUGAACACACCCAGAGGAGGAGUGGGGUCUGUGGCUUUAGGGAGUUUUGUUUACGCAGUGGGUGGCAACGAUGGUGUGGCUUCACUGUCUAGUGUGGAACGGUUUAACCCACAUCUCAACAAGUGGACAGAGGUCAGUGAGAUGGGCCAGAGACGGGCAGGAAACGGAGUCAGCAAACUCAAUGGCUGCCUCUACGUAGUUGGUGGUUUUGAUGACAAUUCACCCCUGAGCUCCGUGGAGCGUUUUGACCCACGAAUGCACCGCUGGGAAUACGUGUCUGAACUGACUACACCACGUGGGGGAGUUGGGGUCGCGACAGUGAUGGGAAGAGUGUUUGCAGUUGGGGGUCAUAAUGGGAACAUCUACCUGAACACAGUGGAGGCUUUUGAGCCAAGAAUGAACAGGUGGGAGCUGGUAGGAUCCGUGUCUCACUGCAGGGCCGGAGCCGGGGUAGCUGUCUGUUCAUCUCACGUCAGCCAGAUCAGGGACGUCGGCCAGGGCUCCAGCAAUGUGGCCAACUGCAUGUGACGGCCGGCCCGCAUGUUACCAGGUGACUGACUGCCUGCCAGGCCGCCACCAGAUCUGAUCACCGCACAAGCACACAACACAAAGCACACAGACAGUGACUGCGGGGUCUCGCCCGACAGCUUUGUAACAGUCGCCACUGAUUGAACAUCAGCCUACUAGUGAUUCCAGCUGAUGUUCAGUUUGCACAUAGAUAACGGAACGUUAGGGAGAUUUUACUGACUGAAGUGCACAUCUGACAAAUCUGAAGUUUUUGUUUUGUGACAAAAUGACACAUUUGAGACAUGUUUCUUGACUCCAGCUGGUGUUUUUUGCAAUCAGUGCUGUAGUAUUUCGUACUGUAUUUUCAUCUGAUUUACUGCCUUCAUUGUGUUAAGGGAAUAAGUAGCUGAGCCUUGAGUUUAAUACUAACAUCUUGAGAAUGUGGUGAGUUCAGAACUGUAAGGUUAACUACACAUUAUGAAUGUGGACUGUUUAGUAGGCCAGUAAAAUAAACAUUUCAAAGGUCUCAUCAAGAUUUUUAGGGCUCUGCAGUUUUAUUUUUCUCAAAGAGUAGUGAAUGGACUGGAUUCAAAGCAUUGUUUGCUGUGAACUAAGUGCAGUAAAAAAACUAAAAUAUUUUCUUUAGCCACCAAAAUAUGUCGAACACAUUUCUAAAAUACUGUAGUAGUAAGCAAGGAAACAUUAAAAACUGUACUGCAAUCGUUUUCAGUCCUUGAAAUGUUCUCCUUCUACAUGACAAGGUUUUGAUAAAAACCGCAUGAGCAAUGCUGGAGUAUACAUGCCAUAAACACACAAAAAUUGCCAAUAAACAAACAUUUGUGUAGUGAGAAGGGGCUGCUCUUUUGAGUGACCCAUAACCACAAAAUGAGUAAAUUUCAGGGAAAUGUUGAUUUUGAGUGAGCAGCGCUAAAGGGAUUUUGGUGUCGGCCAUUGUUGUUGUAGUCCAGGCUUGUCUUAUCACUGAAACUGCGAUCAGCUUGUGCAAAAAGACUCACUUUUCAGAGGGUGUUGCCAGUUCGCAUUACAAUAUAAACUGUGGUGAUUUCACAAGUUUGCACUCUGGAACUUGUUUUCAAAAUGUCACCUUUUUCAGGCAUCCAAAUGAAAUUUCUGUCAUGUUAACAUCGCAAUAGUCUUCAUUAAGUAUUCAUAAGAGUAAGUUUAAGUUUAAAGGAGUUUUUCAGAAAUUUUCGAUCAGCAUCAAGCUGCAUUUUCGUCAGAUUUUCCUGCAACUGUGUUUGAACAAUCAUUUAAAGCUCACUGAGACAAAUCACUCACUGGCAAGGAGGUGACAGGUUUGUGGAUUUUCACCGCUGCAAGUGCCAAACAGAAAAAACGUGCAUCAGCUGUGCUAGGAAGCUGUAGAUGCAGACCUGUUUGAGCUGCCCGCUGGAUCUGGAGCCCUAAACUUCAACCUCAGAAUAAAAGAUUUACUGACAGUUCACCUGAGAGACCAGGACUGAUUAGAGCAAUAAGACAACCUCUCUAGUCCUUUUUGGCUUUUACUUCGUUGUUCAGAGAUCUGCUCAAACUGACAGGGACCCGUUUCUGAAGUCAAGACUUGUGUGUAUCGAUAGCUGGCCUGUCAGAAAUCAGAUGUGUAUGAGAUUCAGCUGAGGUUUGUUUCUGCAGAUGGUUAUGUUAUAUUUUAAUAUAUGGACGUUUUGUAUAAUAAAAUAGGUGUAUCUUUGGUAUUAUUCUUUACUACGCUAUAUAAUCCAUUGCUGUGCACUAUUUUCCUAGAAUAGAUGUGAAGUCUUGAGUAUAUUUUUGUCCUAAAUGGAGGAUUUUCAUGUUAUUCACGUGAUACGUUUGCAGAUGUUUAUUUAACAAAUGUGUAUAUUUCUGCCAUAUCUGAGACAAAUGUAAACAUUUCUGGUUCUAGUUGUUUUUAAGAUGAGGCUGAAAGAGUUUUAAACAAAAUAUAUACAGUUUAUACCAGACAAAUACAUAUUAUUGCACAGUUUGUGUCCUGCCGGUAUUAAAGAGAUUGCAUUUUAUCAGCUUCAGUAUAUAUUAUCAAUAUUUUUAUCACAUUUGUAAGUAAGUGAGGCAGAUUUUGAGUCUUUUUGUAAACUUCACUGUAACUUGUGUUCUUUCUCCUCUUGACUGCUUCCAUAUUUUACUUUUUGUUUACAUGUAUUUGGUAUAAAUUGGUACAAUAAAGUUAUGUGUAAAAA